AUGUCAACACUUAUUAAUGGUAAUUUAUAUAUCUUAGGUGGUCGAAAUAAACUGAAAACUGAAAGAGUCAGAAGAGAAUUUUUUUAUUUUGGUAUUUCUGUUUCAUUUAAUACUCAAAAUAUAUUAUGGCAUGAUUUAACAAACAUUAAUACAGUUCCAGCAUAUUUAGCUACUGCAUCUAUUAAAGGUGAUGCAUAUAAUAACAUCUUGUUUUUAUAUAGAGGAAUUCCUUAUGAUAAUACUAAAGCAAUAGCUCUAAUUUAUGCAUUUGAUACUCCAAGUUAUUCAUGGGAUAUAUCAAAAAUGUCUGGUAUCACUAUUAGUAGAAAAGAUAACCUAAAAGGCAUUAUUAAUGAUAAUAGAAAAAUGUAUUUAUUUUAUAAACAUACUAGUAAUAAUGAUUAUCGAAAUGAUAUGAUUAUUUUCGAUACAUUAAAUUUAGAUUGA